AUGCCUUCGAAAUCUUUGAUAAAUUUUGCCAGCGGGGUCCCCGCCACAAGUCUUUUGCCAGCCGACCGUUUGAAAGAGGCAGCAAACUCGGUACUUUCGAACCCAUCAGUAUGGCAGCCGGGAAUGAUCUAUGGCCCUGAUGAAGGUCACUUUCCCUUCCGAGUGAAUAUUGCCAAGUGGUUGACUGGAUUUUACGAGUCUGUUCAACCGAUAAGUGCAGAUCGGAUCUGCAUUACCGGCGGCGCCAGUCAAAAUUUGGCCAGUAUCUUGCAGGUUUUCACCGAUCCAAUCAAGACACGAAAAAUCUGGAUCAUUGAACCAGCCUACUUUCUCGCUUUUCGAAUCUUCAAAGACGCUGGAUUUGACGGCAAGUUGCAUGGUAUUCCCGAGGACGCGGAGGGUGUUGAUAUUGCCUGUCUAGAACAGGCACUAGCAGCAGAACUGAAAGAAUUCAAGGCUUCUGUACCCAUCCAAGGAUGUGUGCAGCCAAUUAAAGCCUCAUGUGCAUAUCGAAAGCUAUAUUCUCAUGUUAUCUACUGUGUUCCAACAUUCGCCAAUCCGUCCGGAAGCAUCAUGUCUCGCUCCCGACGAGAAUCUCUACUUCUUUUGGCUCGGAAGUACGAUGCUCUAAUUAUCAGUGAUGAUGUGUAUGACUUUUUACAUUGGAGUUCGGAUCCGGGAACCCAAGUGCGAUCUGAACCAAUCACGGCUAUCUUGCCACGAAUCGUCGACCUUGAGAAAACCUUGAACGGAGGACCACAGGAUGACUUCGGAAAUGCUGUCAGCAACGGCAGCUUUAGCAAGAUUGUCGGCCCAGGCUGUCGUGUUGGAUGGACAGAGGGUACUGAAAAAUUCAUCCAUGGCCUUUCUCAGAGUGGAUCAACUCGCUCCGGUGGAGCGCCAUCACAUCUCAUGUCGACUUUCAUCAACGAGCUAAUGAUUGGCGACUCCUUGAAGAAUCACAUGGCCUCAACGCUUUUAGCAUACAGACGCCGUUACUUCACAAUGCUUUCGGCUAUAGAGGAACACCUUCUUUCCCUAGGCGUUUCUUUCAACACUGUUUCAAAACCUAGUCCCACAGCAGGUGGAAUCUUCUUUUGGCUCAAACUUCCUUCACCGCUGACGGCAAUGAAGGUGGCCGACUGCGCAGAAAGAGAGGAAAACGUCAUUUUCGGAUUUGGGCCCUCAUUUAGCCUUCCAGAGGGGAAUAUUAGUUGUAAUAAAUUCGAGGAUAUGAUAAGGCUGUGCUUUUCCUGCGUUGAAGAGGAGAGCUUAAUAAGUGGAGUUGUUCGACUGAGUCUUGUUUUGAAGAAGCUGCUGGGAUACGAGGGACGAGAUUAG